UAAAACUUGCCAGCACUACUAUAGUAAACGCGGUAUUGGGCGCACGCAUCGUCUACCCGGGCGAGUCAACGAACACCGGUCACCGUUACAAAUAAAUAAAUAAAACUCUGAUAAAUUUAUAAUAAAAAUUAAAUAAAUAAAACUGUUAGCAAAAUGCUUAGUGUACUGUGAAACUGUGUGAUUACGUGUUUGUGGAAUAAACAUUAGUGAAAAUGUCUAAAACAGUAUUGGCCCGUCAUUGCCUCUUCUCCCGUCCCUCCCGACGGCAGAUCUCUACCUCAGCGCCCCGCAGGACAUCCACUUCGCCUCAGAGACACAAUGUGGCAGCACCGGCCCUCAAGACCAGCUACAAGAAGUUCACCGACAUCCCUGGGCCCAUAGCCUUGCCAAUGAUGCGGCACCACGCACAUGUUUUGCCGAGAAUCGGUUGCUUCCACCACACAGUCGGGCUGGGACUCCUGGAAGGUCUGCGCGACCGGUACGGCGACCUGGUGCGUCUCGCCAAAGCCUCCAGGUCACGGCCAGCGCUGUAUGUCUUCGACCCUGAUCUCAUGAGAGAGGUGUAUGACAGCAACGUUACCGAAUCUCCUCAGUGGAUGGGAUCACCUUUAGCUGAACAAAGACUAAACGCAGGAACGCAAUGCCCAAUGCACAACGAUGAGAUCAAGGCCAUUUGGCCGGCGAUGAGGACUCUGCUCCAAGAUGGCGCACUACUCAGUAAUUACGACCAAGCAUUUGACGAUAUUGCUUCUGACGUUACACGGAGGCUUGCAGAACUCCGUCACGCAGAGAACGCCCUCAACGAAGAAGUGGAGACAGAGGUGUACAGGUGGGCGAUAGAGACAAUCGGCGUCAUGAUGUUCGGCAUCCGGCUUGGCUGUCUGGACGGCGCUGUGCAUGUUCCUUCUGAACAUAACAGGAAACCAGAGAAAACCUCAAUGGACGACCACAUCCAAGAUUUGUGCUCAUUAUCAAAGCGGUCCAUUGAAGAGUUGACACCGGCUGAAAAAUUUGUCCGGUGCUCACUGGAGAUCGCCAACGAAAGCUAUCUAGUUCGAAGUGAAAACACUUUGAAACCAGAAUCGCCAUCCUUCAAUGAUGCAUUAAAAGCUUUUGACAAGCAUUUCUGCUUAACCGACCAUUUCCUGACUCGAGCUCUGAACGAGCUCAACAACGAUCAGUUAAGGCCAGAACAAAUUCUGUUAGACAAACUGAGACCCUUGGACAGGCGGAUACUCCCUUUGGCUGCGGAUGUAUUCCUGGCUGGAGUGGAUCCCCUAGCACAGACUGCAAUCAGCAUGUUCUACCAGUUAUCUCUGAAUGCGGCAAGACAGCAGAAAGCUCACGACGAAGUUGUGUGGGCGAAAGCGUCCAGGGAAGAAGGAAUAGAUGUUCAGGAACUACCCUAUGUCUCGGCGUGCGCUAGAGAGGCUCUGCGGCUCUACCCGGCUACAGGAGGAGUUGUGAGGAGGAGUAAGGAGGAAUUUGUGGUCGGUGGAUAUGAAGUUCCUGCUGGGGUUGACAUAAUCCUAGCUCACGGCGUCUCAAGCAAAGUGGAGCAAGAGUGGGGUCGCGCCAAAUCCUUCAUUCCAGAAAGAUGGUGCAACGAGGGCUGGGGACCCUUAAACGCAUCCAGGGCCCAUCCCUCCUCUUCCAUGCCCUUCGGACAAUCUUGCCCGGCAACUGGCAUUGUUGGCAAGUUGCUCUCAAGCCUUGCAACUAGAGUUCUAGACAAAUAUAGGUUAGAAUGGCAUGGCCCUUCGCCCAAUAUUGUCACUAAUGGUGUGAACAAAAUACAAUCGCCUUACUAUUUUGUGCUACAGAACGCUGGGUGAUUAUUUUUAUAGGUUGGUUUACAUUACAGUGUGUAUCAAUAUCGAUCGGUAAAGUUCCAGUGACGGGUUUUGAAUUCGAUCUUUAUACCUAAUAAUAAAAUCGGUGCCAGUUGUCAAAUAAAUUUUCACUCACACAUUGGUAGCCUAUUUAAAUUGACUAUUGACCUUUGCAAUCAAGAACUAACUUUUAGUGGAAUGAAAAAGAUUCACUCAUUUUGCUAUCCAACCAAUGUGAGUUUGAUUAAUGUAUGGAAAACAAAGACGUGACGGAAUAACUAACUUUGAGUAAAGAGGACAUAUAGUAAAGAAUUAAUAUAAUAUAUUACAUGUAUCUUAAAUAUAAUUAGUAUCACAUACUAGACACUUUUUGUUGGAUAUUGAACGGGUCUACUUCUACGCGCAUCUAGGGCAAAAGUGAUCGAAUAGUGGUUUAUAAUCAACUUUUAUAAAAACACAAACUUGAAUAAACUGGAAACCGACUAUGGUUAGCACUGCAAUGUGAUAUGAACCGCAGUGAGAUUAGUUUUAUAAGUGUAAUAGAAUAAGUAUUACCUGUUGUAUCGCGCAAAGUAACAAUUUAAAGUUACACUAGUUAUUUAAAGCAUCAGAGCAUUUUGAUAUAGGAAAUGAAAGUUUCACACAGGAACAAACAAAAAACUUGGAAAUACAGCUCACGCAGCCCAUCGCUCGGCUAAGUGCGAAAUCAAACACGAGCGGUCAAUCAACUCGGUCAACGCUCACACAAUGAAAACGCUCAUUAGCUAGAUAAUAGAUUUUGUUUUCGGGUCCCUAAACAUUGUCAUAAUUUAUUAUUAAGUUAUCACGCUAAUGUCGCAUGAACUUCGACAUGUUCCAAAUUUUUAUUUAUCUUGCGUCUUUUACAGGUCAGUAAGUAGCUAGGAGCUAAACUGCUACCGACCUGAUACUACAUAAUAGCUCGUUACUGAUCUCCUCCCCAUUUGUUUUAUGUAGUUUAAAUCAUUUAGGUGAUUUCUUUCUGCAAAAUAACUUUGCCGAGAUUUUGUAACAUGAAAAAGAAAUUAACUCAUAAUUUAAUCCGCGCGAUUAAAAACUCGUAGUUAUUAUUCAUGCAUGAAAAACUCUCGCGGUUAUCAACAAUGCAAUAAUGGUCUCAUGUGAUUUACCUGUAAUAACUAAAUGCACAUUUCCAUGUUUUUAUGUAGGCAUACAAUUGUUUAUUUAAAUUACCCCACAACUUUUUUCUAAAGUGUCCUUCGUUAAAAUAAUAAAGCCGGAUACAAAUUAAUUGAAUAAUGUCGUAUUACUUCCUCUUACGUUGUAAUGCGACUUACGGUCCAUUAUUUUAUAUGAAAGCAUGCAUGCUCGGUGACGAGUACUGACGACAGAUUUUUCAGUGACAUUCAUGAGUUUUGCAUACUAUCACUAUCAUAAAUUACUGAAACGCCAUCGUUAAAUAUCUACUACUUAUUCAGCGCUCCUAGCGGUACGUUUCGAAAAGAAUGAGACAAAAAAGUAUAUGACUUUGAAACAAGUAACGUUCAUUUCUUUUUGUCAUUAAUUAUACGAAAAUGACUCUACGACACUGACCGUGCAACACUGCUACGCACGAAACUGUAAUGUGAACCCGGCUACACGAUAUUAUUGUAAAUUAGAAAUAAUAAAAUUAAAUAAGAAAUUAAAUAUUAAUGAACUUAAUGAACAUAAAUAAUAAGCGCUAUGAUAAAAUUAAAAUAAAUUACAAUACUUUUAGGUUAUUUUUUAAUGUCCUAGUUCGCGUUAUUUUGCAGGAUAUUAAGGAAUUCAACGUGAUUUUCAUGUUUUUGUUAUUAUAUAACAUUAGAAUUAAAAUUGUUUUCCGAAUUACGAAUG